AUGGGCGUCGACGGAGUGUCGACGGAGUAUGGCGAUGGCAAGUUGAGCGCUGGGGGGAUGGAUGAAAGACUGGCAGCGCUGCUGAGGAGGAGGAGAGUACAGGUGGAUGAGAAUGAAGAUGACGGUUAUGAUGUAGUUGAUUUCGAGCCACCAUCGACGAAGGUUUGCAGCGUCGACAUAGAUGAGGAUGAGCCUGUCAACCAUUCCAUUCCCUUGGAGUACUCGAGUGUGAAUCAAACAAAUGCCUGGGAAGAGUCGAAAGACCUUGCUGCACCAGUUGAUACCAGCCUUCACGAUCGAUUCAACCAAUACGACGUCUCUGAGCGCGGCAAUGGGUCUUUCCUCAGGGAAUCAACGGAAAGUGAUUUGAAGGUCGCAGACCAAGCUUUCGAUGAUGCUCCGGCCAUAGUCCAGGAUCCUUACUAUUCCAUCUCGGAAGUGGAAGAAUGGGACAGAAAGCAAACCGAAAACGAUCUUGCAUUUUCUGAUCCUUCACCCACGAGCCCGAAUGUGUUCCGAUCGAUCUCUCCGACGUCAGACCAGGAACAUCAGGACCAAGAGGCACAGUAUGAGAACAGUUGGACCAAGAAAUCGAACGAGAUUUUGGCCGUGGACGUGAGCUCGAAUCGAACUGUUCCGAUCAAGAUAGUUGGCGUGGGCGCCGCGUCGUCCGAUAGAGACUGGAGACAGGGUUUACUGUCUGUGGGCAAACCUCCUAGCCAUUCUAACACGGGAAAUGGAGACGAUUUUGCUGGCUAUAUGAGCUUGCCACCAGGAUCUCCACUGAAGCCAUCUUCUCCGCAAUCAAGCAGUGUUACAAAAGCUAACACUUCGACCAUGCAUCAAAAGCAUCGUGAAAAUGAGUGGACAAACUCCAUGUCGUCGCCGUCCCUUCAUUCUGCUACUUCUCAAUCCUCGCAUGAAUCGCCACCGAAACGAGGAAAUGUUGAAUCAAAGACCAAAGUUCUCAAAGACGUCAAGAAGAAGGCAAGACAGCAGAGAGCACGCAUCGACAUGAUCAAAUGUGGGAUCGUUCCAGCUCUUGCCUACGUCCUCCGGGACAUGGAUACAAUCCCAGCUUCAGUUGUUGCCUUGCAAUGCUUCGUUGUUGACAAAGAGAUCAUGGAGGCUCUCUUUUGGAGCGACGAACCUGAUUCUUACUCGCUCCUGCUCAAGUCGGAGUUGUUGCGGUGCAGCGUGAUUGAAAAGCUUGUGGCCAUCAUCUGCUGGGACUGGGUGAAUGACAAACUGAAAGGAGAAAUCGCCCUGAUCCUCAAGAUGGCGUCCAAGUCAGGGGAGAUGGCGGACAUCAUCAUCCAGCAAGAGGGCGCUUUACUUGCCAUGACCGGCCUGUUAGACAGCCCUCAGGAGCGAUGUGCAGCUCUCGCCGCCUCGGCCCUUGCUAACGUCUCCUACUACUGCACGUCGGGCCCAAGGAGGAUGGCUCGGUUCCAGAUCUUGUGCGCAAUAUGA